AUGUGUCGCCCAGGGGGUGGGCGGCCCGCCUCUGCUUCACUAGGGGAAGGAGACAGGGAAGGAGACAGGGAAGAUGGACCACCAGGACCCGGAGGCGGGCGCUCCACCAUCACCAUCAGGAGAGGCCUCCCGAGGCCAGGAGUCUAUCGGCGGUGCUCCUCCCGGCGUGUAAAUUGUUCACCAACAGUGGAGACAGCAGCGUCCCCCUUACGCUUUCUUGGCCAGGAUUGCGGCUCUUUCCGCAGGCCGGGAGUCAGAGGGGCACACAGACGCGACUGUCUUGACCUGGAUUCUGGUUUGCCCCCAAGGCCUUGGUUGCUAGUGGGGUACACGGAGGCGGGCUCUAAUGUGAAACAUCCCGAGUCGUAUACACGUGCUCCCCUGCGCCACUCGGGCGGGCAGCCCGGGCGGAGACAACUCUGCACCCCCUCUGCCUUUGGACAGCGGGUGAGGACACGGCGCCAGAGACCCCAGCCGCAGCCACGAUGCACGCUGUGCCCUUGGAAACACCAGGCAGCCAGCCGCCGCCCCGAGACGCCCAGACAGACAGACACCGGCGGCAGAGGCCGCCACGGAUGUGCGCGGCUGCCAGCGGGAGCCCGCCGGGCGCCCCCUGGAGGCAGCGGGAGAGGGGCCCUGGGCGCGAGCCAGGGGCCGCAGGAGGAGCCGAGGGGCUACCAAACGGACGCGGCGGCGAGGGGAGGACGCAGGGCCGCCCUGCAGGGGCUGGAGGGACGCACGGGCGGGCAGUCGCCCGCGGAAAGCGGCGCAGGCUCGGGCGCCUCCCCGGCGGAGGCGGCCAGCUCUCGCCAGCAGCGCGGAAGGGGCGGGGGCGCAGAGGCCCUCCCCUUGCCCCGCCUCCCGGUCAGCGCCCUUGGCCGCGGGCGCGUUGUUGGUUUCGGGUUGUCAGGCAGCGGCAGCGGCAGCGGCAGCGGCGCAGGGAGCCUGCGAGGGACCCGGCGGCGGUGGGGGUGCGGCUCGGCCAUGCCCGCUGUCGCGGCCUGAGCC